AUGCUCGCCAGUUUCGCCCUCCUGGCAAACAGCAGCCCAGCUCCUCGUCCCCUCCAUCGGCCCGGGCGAAUGCCAGCCCUGCUACACGGCCACCGUCCGCCCGGCGCAGACCCCCUGCCGCUGGAACCCCGCCUGCGCCAUCGCCUGCGCCGUCCAGCGGCGCGGAGGAGGGGCCGCCGCCGCCGCCAACAUUCCGCGCCUUCCCCCCGUCGCGACGACGACCAUCACGGUGCCCUCGCCGCACCCGUCCUGCCCGCGCACGAGCACCUACACCCUGCCCGCCCCGCCCUGCAUGCCGCGCGGCUGCGACUGCGCCACGCCCGUGCCCUUCCCGCAGCGGCAGACCGUCACGCGCACGGCGUACACGCCGCUGUGGUGCAACACGGACCCGGGCCCGCAGCCCACGACCACGACCAGCACCAGCAGCACGCGCCGGCACCUGCCGCUGCCCGUGCCCACGAGGUCGUCGUCGCCGUCGCCGUCCUGCACGAGCUACACGACCCGCCUGGAGGCCUGGUUCUGCCCCAUGAUCGUCUGCGCGCGCAAGGCGGGCUGCGUGCUCCCGCCGUACCCGUCUCCCUGGCCCGUGUCCCUGCCGCGGCCGGACCCGACGGUCAUCCUGUGCGGGCGCGAGGAAGGGUGCGUGCCUCCCCCGGGGCCGGGGCCGGAGCCGGAGGCGGGUGCCGGUGGCGCCAGGAAGAGGAGGGACGGGGCGAAGAACGGUGA